GUCGACAGUCUGCCUUUAGAGCAGCGAGUGUGCUGAUGGCCCCCGACGGGCAACAAGUUGGACGUGGAUCGCCGCUGUCUGAUAAAAGACCGGAGGCACCUGCAUAACGAAGAGUGACAGAAUGGAGUCUUGGACGUACAACAACACUGUCAACGUGAGCGUGACGGAGGAGCCGCAGCGCAAUGACCUCUCGUCAGACAGCGAGGGUGGAUGUCCCAACGUGAGCGUUGCCUUCUACCCUUCGGUGGUGCUGGGCGGUUUGGAGUUGGCAGUGCCCGAGUGGGAAGCUCUGCUGACUCUGUUGACGCUGGGCGCCAUCAUCGUGCUGACGAUCGUGGGCAACGUGCUGGUGAUCCUGAGCGUGUUCACGCACAAGCCUCUUCGCAUCGUGCAGAACUUCUUCAUCGUGUCGCUGGCGGUGGCCGACCUGACGGUGGCCGUGUUGGUGCUGCCGCUGAACGUGGCGUACUCGCUGCUCGGCCGCUGGCACCUCGGCAUCACCGUCUGCAAGAUGUGGCUGACGUCAGACGUGCUGUGCUGCACGGCCAGCAUCCUCAACCUGUGCGCCAUCGCCCUUGACCGCUACUGGGCCAUCACCGACCCCAUCAACUACGCACACAAGCGCACCCUGAAGCGCGUCCUCCUCAUGAUCGCCGCCGUCUGGCUAGUCUCGCUCGUCAUCAGCUCGCCGCCGCUCGCCGGCUGGAAUGACUGGCCUGACCACUUCACCCUGGACACACCAUGCCAGUUGACCUCCCAGCAGGGCUACGUCAUCUACUCCUCGUUGGGCUCCUUCUACAUUCCGCUGUUCAUCAUGACCCUGGUCUACGUGGAGAUCUUUGUGGCGACCAAACGGCGCCUGCGCGAACGCGCCAACGCUUCCAAGCUGAACGUCGUGCUGUCGGCGCCGCCGGCGGCGCCCCAGCCUCAGCAGCAGCAGGUGUCUUCGGCACCGGCGGCCAACAACGACCCAGAGUCCAUCUCAAGCGAAACUGCCAAUCCGAACGAGAACGGCCACACUGACCGACGCAAAAGGCGCCGCCGAAAGAGGGGUUCCGUUGAACGGGCCCGACGGACGGCGGCGGCGUCUUCCAACGACGAGAUCUCAGCCAUCGGCGUUGACGCAGACUCAACCGCCGAUGUGGCUCCGCUCAACACGCACCGCCGGUCGCCGGUGCUUUCCCGCAAAAAUACCGUCUACCAGUUCAUCGAAGAGAAGCAACGAAUUUCGCUUUCCAAGGAGCGGCGGGCGGCGCGCACCCUUGGCAUCAUCAUGGGGGUGUUCGUCGUCUGCUGGCUGCCAUUCUUCCUCAUGUACGUCAUCCUGCCAUUCUGCGCCACCUGCUGUCCCAGCGAGAAGCUCAUCAACUUCGUCACUUGGCUCGGAUACAUCAACUCGGCUCUCAACCCCAUCAUCUACACCAUCUUCAACCUAGACUUCAGGAAAGCGUUCAAAAAACUGCUCCGCAUAAAAUCGGUCAAGUGUUGACUCGAUCGAGACAGACAAAUAGUGUGUGAGCACAAUAUGAUCUCUCUAGGUGGAAGUGUGGAAAUAGCAAUAAUCUUGAACGAUAUUUUGUCCCACGUAAAAAACAAUAUGUGCGGCUGAUGGCAAAUGUCCAUAAGUAUGCUUUGUGUUGUUCACAAUAUUGUGAGGAAUACUAGAUUUUAAGAAAUUAUAAUUUAAUCGGAUUUUAUUUUUAUUUAUUAUAUAUAUAUUAUAUACCUAAAUAUGUAAUUUCUAUUAUUAAAUGUUUCCUCUUUUGUUGUAUAAAAUAUAUUUUAUGAUAAAAAUAAUCUGAUUAAAAUGUAACAAAUAUAAUUUCUUAAAAUCCAAUGAAUCUCAUAAUAUGCUUGAAAAUUAACUUCACAAGAAUUUAAUGAUACUCAAAUCUGGGCGAAACCAGUUUUUAUUGACCUUGCUAUCCGCACAUAUCCCCUCUAAAAAUAACGUUCUAGCUGUCACCCGAAAUCUCUCGAGAUUUGUUUUGCUCUCUCUGCGUGUGCUCAAAACAUAAAAGGCUCUCGCUGUAGCUGCCAACGUGCUCCAAAUCUCUGAGCCUCAUUGGAACGCGUUGGCAGAUGAACGUGUACAUACAGGAAAUGAAAUUUUGACUCAUUGUUGUUGAAUUGAACAUAUUUUUUUUGUUCGAGACAAAGAUAAAUGUGUUUAUUGUUGUUGAAUAGAGCAAGAUAUUAAAGUUUAAUUGUCCCUCAA